GGAUAAUGGCCAAGUCUGUUUCUUUGAAAUCUCUCAGCAGAUUUCGCUUUCUUAUCUCUGUUAGAAGUAGGCGGGUUGUAGAAACGUUAUUCGCAACAUCGAGACACGUGCACGCGAUAUCAUCUGGUGACGAGUCCGAAACUGAAGAGACAGUGAGAGAAACACACUUCACAAGCGAUACGAUAUCAGACAAGCCCGACAAGCCGGCCACAGCGGCGACGAGAGAAGAUGUGACGGAAGAGGGCGAGUACAUCAAUCCGCUGACAGGAGAACGAGGCGGACCAAGAGGUCCGGAGCCAACCAGAUAUGGUGACUGGGAGAGGAAAGGCAGAGUGUCAGACUUCUAGAUUGGCGCAUCUAGGGCAAGAUGUGACCGACCUCAAUGCCCCACACCCAACAAUAUUUUAGUUUUACUUUUACGUUUUGCUGAUUGUGAUGAGAUUGUGACUUGCCAUCAGUAGCAGUACAUUUGUUGUAUUGAAAUUAAUUAAUUAAUUAUAUAAAUUAUAGAUUUUACGUUUGCUGAUUGCCAUUAGAGUGUGACUUGCUAUCAGUAGAGUUACAUUGUUGUAUUGAAAUUGAAUUAAUUAUGUAUAUAUAAAUUAUAGAUUUUACUUUUGCUGAUUGUG